AGGCUGAGCCUUAUAAAGGGACCAGUCUUUGCCCAGAUGCACAGCACACUCACCUUCUCCUCAGUGACACCUCGUCAGCUCCGCUUUCUUGAAAUCCAAGAUGGGCCAUACUGCAGCUGAACAGGCUAUGAUGGACUUGAUCGACCAGUUCCACAGAUACACCAAACCUGAUGACAAGAUUAACAAGAAGGGCCUGCUGAGGAUGCUGAGGGAGAAUUACCCUCACUUCCUCAAUGCUUGUGAAAAAAGGGGCGUAGAUUUCUUGGGUGAUAUCUUUGAGGACAAGGACAAGAACAUGGAUAAGAAGAUCUCAUUUACUGAGUUUCUGUCGGUGUUGGGAGUCCUAGCUGUGGACUACCACGAUAAUAGCCACGGAGCCCCGCUCUGUUCUGGUGGGGAAGGACAGUGAGCCCAGCCCAGCCUGAGGCCUCCAGAAACCACAAGAAACAAUAAAGUGUGUCUGUUGCCCAGAUAAA